AUGGGACAGCAUAAGAAUGAAGUAAAAUUACAUUUAAAAAACUAUCGGUUUCUAACAGACUAUGAAAAAAAAAAAGACUUAUAUAUUGUAGAGUUAGAAGAAAAGGUACCUAAUGAUGAAAGGAACUACGAGAGGUUUAUAUAUAACAAUAGAAAGGAGGAAAAGGAAAGAAACAUAAAAUCAAAGAGUUCAUUAUAUAGAGGAGAAUUUGAUAAGCAAUAUAAGUAACCAAAAAAAUUAAUAUAUGGAGGUAAAAAAUUACCUCGAUUUGAAAGAAAUUUUUUCUAGUAACUUGAUUACUUAGAUUUUGUCAGAAAAAAAACUUCGAUUAGUGAUAAGAAAUACCGGAAAUUAGUAAGUAAAAUGUUUGGACAUAAACUGUUUUUACCUACUUUAGUACUCUUGUGUAUGUUAUUAGUGGCAUUAGGAAGUUCAAUUAGUGAUUAUACUGGUAAAUAUGUAACUUUUACAGAAAAUCAAACUGCAAUGAUUCUAUUAAAACCUGUAUACGCUAUACCAUUUUUUGUAUUUUUGGGUAUAUUAAUAAUCAUGAUGAUAUGGUCUGCUUUUACUUAUAUGAAGUUUAGAAAAUAUAAAAGAAUUUUGAAGAGGAAACGUUAG